UCUCCAUCUUCUCCAAAGAGAAUAAAAAUGCAGUCACUGCCAUGAUUCCCUCUCUUUAUCUCUAAUUUUCUCCCAUUUCUCCACUUCAGAAGCUUCCAAUUCCUUCAUCAAUGGCCACCAAGAUUCUUCCUCAGGCCGUGAUUUCUGUUCCAAGAACCCCCAAUCAAUGUGCGCCGAGAAGAUUAGGGUUUUGUUCCGCAAUUUCUGCUACUCGGCUUUCGUUUUCUACUCUUUCCUCGAGUUCAAUCGGCUGCCAUUUUCACCAUACUGUUUCGGCGCCGAUGAAACGGGCGUUUGUUGUGAGAGCUGAGGCGGAUUCCGAAGCAGAGUCGGCGAGCGAUGAGGAAAAUGUGGAUAAAACCGUUGGAGAAGCUCCUCAAGGUGUAGUAGAAGCAGUAGCGGAGUCUGAUGGCCAGCCUGAGGCGGAGAAGCCGCCGAGAAAGCCUCGAGUUAAGCUUGGAGAUGUAUUGGGGAUACUUAAUAAGCGAGCAGUUGAAGCGUCGGAGAAGGCGAGGCCGAUUCCAGACAUUAGAACCGGUGACAUUGUGGAAGUUAAACUGGAAGUUCCAGAAAAUAGGCGUAGGCUUUCUGUUUAUAGAGGAAUUGUCAUGUCAAAACAAAAUGCUGGCAUCCACACUACGAUUAGAAUUCGCAAAAUUAUUGCUGGUGUGGGCGUGGAGAUUGUUUUUCCGCUGUACUCACCAAACAUCAAAGGGAUAAAAGUGGUGAGCCACAGGAAGGUGAGGAGGGCAAGAUUAUAUUAUUUGAGAGACAAACUUCCAAGACUCUCUACUUUCAAGUGAAACACCCCAAUGGAUUGACCAUCAACGUUAUGUUUCUUGUUAUAAUUCAAAAUUUCAUGUUUUCUUUUUCUUAGAUUUGCACAUUAUUCUUCUGUAUAUCGUCAUUAAUUAUAUAUAUGAGCAGCAGGGGUUUCAUGAAAGGUACUGUCCUGGAUUCACAUUCUUGCACAUGUCCCCAAGCUUCUUUACCAUUACUGAUCCCAUUACUUGGCUUCUUCUCA